AUGGCAAAAACGAGUAGUAGCAAUCAAACAUCCAUCACUAUUAGAGAUAUUGUAACAGAAGUGACAUCUUCGAUUCAAGGAAAGCUUUGCCAAAAAUCUCCAAUACCAUCUAAAUGUUCCAUAUUUAGAGUUCCGGAUAGACUACGCAGGCAUAGUGAAAAGGCUUUCGAGCCAAAGUUGGUUUCAAUUGGCCCAUUUCACCACGGGAAGGAGAAGAUGCAAGCAAUGGAAAAAAUUAAGUUAUGGUAUUUGCAUUGCCUCCUCGAUCGAGCACCAACUACGAGAACUACUUUGAAGUGCUUUGUAGAAGCUAUUGGAAGAAUUGAGCAAGAGUGUCGUGCAUGUUACGCUGAAGAAAUUCUUGUUCCUAAAAAAGAUUUCAUAGAGAUGCUUCUGGUUGAUGGUUGUUUUAUCCUUGAAUUUUUACGCAAAGGUUUGGGGGAGGUGCAACCAGACAUUGAAGAUCCAGUGUUCCAUAUGCCAUGGAUGCGUUUGAGAAUAGCAGAUGACUUGAGGCUACUUGAGAAUCAGCUUCCUUGGCGCGUGCUUGAUUGCUUGUUCUACCUAACCAAAUCACAUGCUGAAGAGACAUCCCUACAUAAUCUUGUCCUUUGGUCUAAUGGAAAUGUACGGCCCACUCGUGAUAACCUCAAACACGAUCAUAUACUUGAUUGCCUACGAAACUCCGCAAUUGGAACAUCCACAAUAACACCGGCCCCUAAAACUUUGCAAAGACACCUCAUCACGUCUAUGGAGCAGAUUCCAUCUGUGAUAGAACUUGUGCAAGCUGGAGUUAAAUUCAAAGCUGGAGACAGAAAUAACAGCCUUCUUGAUGUAACUUUCAAAGAUGGAGUGAUGACAAUCCCACCGUUAAAGGUUUGGGAGGAUGCAAGAUCUGUAUACAGAAAUUUCAUUGCAUUUGAACAAUGUGAUCCAAGCAAAGACUUUGAAGUCACCUCUUAUGGUAAGCUCUUUGCUGACCUUAUUACCAAUAACCAAGAUGUAGAUUUUCUAAAAGACAAAGGAAUUCUAAGUCUCUAUUUGGGCACUGAGGACGUAGCAAGUAUCUUCAACAGGCUUUAUAGUGAUGCUUCAGUCGGUGCUUUCCUUUACUCAGACCUCUACCGUGAAGUGAAUGCAUUUUGUAGGCGUCGUUGCAAUAGAUGGCGAGCAACGUUGAAGCGUGACUAUUUUGGCAACCCAUGGGCGAUCAUAUCGCUCAUGGCUGCAUUCUUGAUUCUAGUUUUCACUUUUUCACAAACCCUUUAUUCUGUCAUUUCUUACUAUAAACGCCCCUCCUAA